GUCGCGUCCAGCAGAGACUGUCGUUACUGGGGUCCUGGUCCUCUAGUUUGUCCUCGAGGAGGCCCCGAGAGUCAGGUGCUGCAGGCGAUGGGGCGGCAGUGGGGGCCCUCCAUGAGGGCCGCUGAGCAGGCGGGCUGUGUGGUGAGCGCCUCCCGGGCCGGACAUCCCAAAGCGGGCUGGUGGAGCUGCAGCGGGGUAAUCCUGAGUCGGAGCCCGGGCCUGGUGCUGUGCCACGGGGGCAUCUUCACUCCAUUCCUACGCGCCGGCAGUGGGGUCCUGACUGCUACCAGUGCGGCGUUCCUGCCGGGCGACAGUUGUGGCGACGAUCUGUGCCUCCACGUGCAGUGGGGGCCAACGGCCGAGAGCCCCGCUGUGCGCGCGGAGCCGAGCCACCCGGGGCUGAGUAUGCCCCGCUGCGCCGGCCUCGAGCCCAGGGCCUCCACCGCUCCCAGCAGGCCCCGCGGCCGGCCCCUACAGCCCCCGCGCCCAGCCAAGUUGCUGCUGCUGCUGAGCUGCCCAGCUUUCCGAGCACACUUCACGCGCCUCUUUGGAGGCGAAGCGGCCGAGCACUGGCACUUCGUGAACGCCGCCCCGGACGAUGAGGUGUCGGAGGAGGAGGAAGAGGAUCAGCUGAGAGCGUUGGGCUGGUUCGCGCUGUUGCGCGUGGAGCCCGGCCCGGAGGCCGAGGAGGGCUGCGGGCCGGCGGUGGCCGUGGCUCCUCUGGGGAGCGUGCCCAAGGGCGCGCCGCUGCUAGCCUGCGGCUCCCCGUUCGGGGCCUUCUGCCCUGACAUCUUCCUCAACACGCUGAGCCGCGGCGUGCUCAGCAAUGCGGCCGGCCCGCUGCUGCUCACCGACGCACGCUGCCUGCCGGGCACCGAGGGCGGCGGCGUGUUCGCCGCGAGACCCGCAGGGGCGCUGGUGGCGCUGGUGGCCGCGCCGCUCUGCUGGAAGGCCCGCGAGUGGGUGGGCCUUACGCUGCUGUGUGCCGCCGCCCCGCUGCUUCACGCCGCCCGCGCCGCACUUGCCAGCCUGACCCCCAACUCUGCAGCCCUCACCGCCCUCCUGCCUCCUGAGGUGGGCGCCCCGCGGGGCCUGCCCCUGCAAGACCCUGGACCUCCAUGGGCAGCCGCGGCCGUGCUGGUGGAGUGUGGUACCGUUUGGGGAUCCGGAGUGGCCGUGGCUCCUCGUCUCGUGGUGACCUGCCGGCAUGUGGCUCCACGGGAGAUGGCUAAGGUCCAGAUUCACUCCACUAUGCCCAAGAAUGUUGCCAUCUGGGGACAUGUGGUAUUUGCCACCCAGGAGACAUCUCCCUAUGACAUAGCGGUCGUGAGGCUGGAGGAAGACCUGGAUGGUGUCCCCACACCUGUGCCUGCUGAGCACUUCCAUGAAGGUGAGGCUGUCAGUGUGGUGGGCUUCGGCAUAUUUGGUCAGGCCUGUGGGCCCUCUGUGACCUCAGGCAUCCUGUCAGCUGUGGUGCAGGUGGAUGACACCCCGGUGAUGCUGCAGACCACAUGUGCCGUGCAUGGUGGCUCCAGUGGUGGACCUCUCUUCUCUACCCACUCAGGGGACCUCCUGGGCAUGGUCACCAGCAACACCCGGGACAAUAACACAGGGGCCACCUACCCACACCUAAACUUCAGCAUUCCUAUCACAGUGCUCCAGCCGGCCCUGAGGCGGUACAAUCAGACUGGUGACCUUGGUGGCCUCCGGGAGCUGGACCAUGCUGCUGAGCCAGUCAGGGUUGUAUGGCGGCUACAGCAGCCCCUGCCCCAGGCCCCUCGGAGCAAGCUCUGAGGCUAUGUCACCCUCCAGAUGAGAGGGACUAUUUUAUACUUUGGGAAGUGAUAUGGAGGUGGUUAGCAGUCGUAGGAUCUGGGGCCCAGCUGGGUGACUGCAGGUCUCCACCCCUGACUCUAGUCUGGACUUGGGGCUCUGGACCAGGUACAGACUUUUCUUCAGCAAGAUGGGAUCCACUGUGGGAUGCUUUCUUGAGUUCCACUAGGCUUACCUAUGUGAUUUUCCCUUCUGAGGACUCCAGUCCAAUCGCAUAAAGGCCCUGGUCCUGGUAAGCAGAUGCUGGGGGAAGGUGGACUAGCUUUGCUUGGGUAUCUAUUCCCUUGAAGGCCACUAGCCACCUGGAGCAGCUGCUUCCCCGGGACAGAGCCCAUGAGCUGCCUGUGCAAUCAGGAGUGUCAGGCGAUUUGGGUUUGCUGGGAAUACAUCAGCACAGAGACCCUACUCUUAGGCACAGAGAUGAGGGAAUGGACAGGAGUGUGUCCCUAUAGUGCCACACGUAUGGGCGGCAGGGUUCCUGCAAGCCAGGAACUUCAGUCCGACACAGUGCCUUCAUUUUCUAUCCUACAGACUAAUCCCAGGCAUUUUGGGGAGAUAGCAUGUAUGGUUGGGGCUUGGGAAUAAACAAUCUUUGUG